AUGCCGGUAGGAGUAGCAAGCACAAGCAAGAUACCUGAUGCUAAAAUGACGGCAAGCACGUUCCACAGUGAACACUAUUACCCAUAUUACGGCAGACUAAAUGGCAGGAGGGGAUAUGGAGCGUGGUGUGCAAAGACCGCCACUGACAGAACAGACUACCUUCAAGUUGAUAUGGGUAAGGAGUACUCUGUUUGUGCGGUGGCAACACAAGGACAUAAGAGUGGGAAUCACUGGGUGACUAGCUACAAACUUCAUUUUUCAUCAAACGCAAUCACUUGGAACACCUACAAUGAAAAUAAUGUGGAAAGAGUAAGCUCAUUAACUCUCUCAGUAUAUUUUGUCUUUCUUACUAUGCCUUUCUUUCUUCUUUUUUUUUACUCCCUCUUUUGUGAUUUGUUGUGACUUUACAACCAUGUGUUCUGAUGCGCUUUAUAAUGAUAUGACACAAUUUGUAGUAAUCUAAGCGGUGCUCCAAUUUGUGAAAAGUUUUUCGUAAUUCGUAUUAAAGCCUAAAACCAAGGGGAGAUAUUGUUAUGGGAAUGGCAGCAUAAACACCAGUAAUUGAAAAAAAAAAAAAAAAACUUUCCAAUUUCAUCAGUGACUUACCGGUGUACUUGUUGAAGUUAACGGUUAUUACAGUAAUUAGGAACAAAAAAAAUAGUAGAAAUAAAAAAAAAGAAUGAUCCUCGCCCUUGUGAACGCAAUUUAUGUAAUUGUUGACGCCACCAUUACUCGUCGCUCGUUUGUGUUCGGUCAGUCGCGUGCUUAGGUUUCUGCCGGUUUCACCAAUGUAAGAAGCCUGGCAGUCGCAGCAUUUGAUCUUGUAUACUGCUCCCUGUCUGUCCUCUGGUUUGUCUUCGUCCUUGACAUUAUUAAGCAGUCGCAGUAAAGUGGUUAUCGGUUUGUGUGCAACAAGUAUAUUGUAAGGUUGUAAUAUACGUGCAAUAGUUUCAGAGGCGCCUCUGAUGUAUAGGGCCAGAGUUGGUCUGAGUGUUGAUUCCAACACUCAGACCAACUCUGGCCCUAUACAUCAGAGGCACCUCUGAAACUAUUGCACGUAUAUUACAACCUUACAAUAUACUUGUAUUAAAGCCGAGACUGACGAGUGAGGAACAAUCGCGAAAAUACUCUUGACAAAUUCACAACCAUUCUAAUGUAAAAAGUGUUGUUAAUGUUAUUUUUAUGUGCUCUUUUUUUUUUUCAUUGAUAUUAUUCUGUGUCGUUUGUAGGUGUUCUCAGGAAACCAGGACAGAAACACUAUUUUUUACUUUCAGUGAUAUUAUUCUCUUUCGUUUGUAGGUGUUUCCAGGAAACCAGGAUCAAAAUACUGUUGUAGAACACUCACUCAGGCAUAACGUGAAAGCCAGAUUUGUUCGGUUUUAUCCAGUUUCUCACUACUCUCAUCCCUGCCUGAGGGUCGAAAUAUUUGUGCUUAAAUAGAAAACUGCGUAAAAUCGAACUGUAUAUAAACACUAUGGCUUGUAAAAGUAAACGUAAAUUGUCUAGAUUGCCCCGUGUAAUAAAAUCCGGAUUCCGGAAUGUCAGAAAUUCUUGCUUGUGGAAUCAGGAAUCCUGGGCUUUGGAAUACGGAAUACAGCUCAAGGAAUCAAGAAUCCCAUUAACCAUUGGAAUCCAGAGUCCAAAGUUUCACUGAUAAAGACUGGUAUCCAGCACAUGGAAUCUGAAAUCCACGACGUGGUAUUCAGAAUUCAAGACUGUAUUGGAUUCCCUUCUUAAACAUGCCUUCUUGUACUUUUAUGCUUUCUGUAUCAGUUAUGCUUUUCGUUUUAUUGCAUUGGUCAAAAUCAGCUUUGAAAAAGGAGCGUACAGAAUUGGUCAAACUUAGUUUUGGGUAAUAGCUAUGGCGCGUUUUCAGGGUCAAAAAUAAGUGUGUAGUUACCACACAAACUGAGUUGCCAAAUAAAUGAUUGUCUUAGAUGAUGAUUGUCGCUUUGUGACCUGUUUUGACGUGCUGUCUUGCGAUGGAAUCCUUUCGUCCUGUCAUGAUUUUCAAAUCCACACUUCUUACUCGAUUUGAUUUGAGAAUGGUUUAUGUGCAUGCAUAAUUACUUUAAUUUGAAACCUUUUUGGAGGCUUUCUAUGGAAAAAAUAAAGGAAUUUCUUAAAUACGAUUUUUUAAACUCACCCGCAUUACUUUUGAAAUCAAUUAUUUGCAUCCUUACUUUCGAAGGAUUAUUCGAUGAUCAAUUUCGUAAAUACGUGUUUUUUUAAACCAUCAUUACUUCUGAAAUCUGUUUGCAUUCUUACUUGAGAAUUACGUAGCAGUAGGAUUAUUUUAUGAUGAAACCAUAAGAAACAAUUUCUUAAAGACAUUUUUUUUUCAAAUCGUCCGUUACUUUUGAAAUCCGUUUGCAUGCUUACUUGCAAAAUACGUAACGGGAGGAUUAUUUGAUAAAAGAAAUGAAGGAUCCUUUUUUACAUGGGGAUUUCGACUCCAUGGAUAUGUUUACCCGCGUCACUGUCGAAAACGCGCUAUUGUGCUUCACUACACCCAACACGAAACGCGACUCAGUGACUCCCAAAAUGACUUUUGAAUUCGCUUUCGCUGCACAACAGAAUGACUUGCGAACUUCUACACAAAAAGGACCGAAAACUCCUCCCAGUGUCUCCGGGUCAUCGAUCAAAAAUGGCCGCUCGUCGUCCUUGAUCGUUCUUCUUAGAAAUGAACUUGACACCUGAGCGAUCGCAUUUCUUGCAAAACUUUCGUCUACACCUAAUAGAUCUUUCGAGAAGAUUGGAACGGGAUGUUAAUGAAGGUGUUACUGACUAUGUGUUGUUUCGGUCGCACCAAGCUUCGCUGAUAUCAUUUGUCAAGGCUGGCAGCCAGUGUGGAUUUAGAUGUAUUCAACGAAGUUCAAACCGCUAUCCUUGUCCAAAAGGGACAAUAUAUCAAGAUUUAUUUAUAUACAUCAAGAUAGAUUUAUAUAUAUCAAGUUUCAUAUAUCAGUGUUAAGACUAAUUUACAUACAUCAAGAUGUAAAUUUAUCUAAAACAAGAUUUAAAUAUACAUAUCAACAUUUACACACGCGUAUCAAGAUCCGCAUAAGAGUACAUCAUAUGAAAGUAAUAUUUAUCAAGUUCCGCUUACGUACAGCAAGAUUUGCUCGUACAAGAUCACACACACGCACAUCGAGAUUCUCACACAUUUACAUCAAGAUCCACAUAUACAUCAGCGUACUUAACCUGUUUCACCCUUUUAUCUAGUUGUCGGUUUUUUUUUUACAUACAGGGAAAAGUUCAGUGUAUUUGUUUAGUAUAUAUUAUUCUUUAUCCUUUAGUAUUACAUAAUAGUAACUAAAGACAUUCAGCGGUACUUACAGUUUUGGAAUGUGGACUUGAGGAGUAGUCUUGAGGUUUUGCCAGGUAAAAGAUAAAAAGGAAGAUCCCGAACUUUGUCCAUAACAUAACAACACGUAAAAAAAGUGAUAACCGCAAAGCCUUACGACCAAUGAAUAUUUUACAACGAUUAUCGACCGAGGCGAAAUCAAAGUUUAACAAUAAACAACACAACAAGUAAGCUCGGUCUACGUGUGGUCUCCUCUCCAAAAUCACCCCAAAUUCAGUGUAGACACAUCCUUAUCGCAAGCAUUGUUUGCCGUGCUACUGUUACUCCGCAAAAGGUUUACACCAGAACUGACAGAAAGUUUCGGGUAAACAGGCUUUCCGUCGGAAACUUCUAGCCGCUUACGGCGGAAAACCACGAGCCCACAAAGUAAGGUAACGUUUGCGGUCUUAAAUCAGUUUCAACGUGGUGGGGGGGAAUGGUUUCCUCUUUCGUAAUUUACGUAAACGCCUGAGAGCAAACAAGGACCUUUCUGUUGCGGCAUAAAAAACAACGACGCGUCACGAGUUACAUAAAAUCCAGCAUAAAUCUAUUCAAGUUGUUGCUGAAGGAAUCGGGCUGGAAAACUAUUUAAUAAGAAAUGUAGCGGCUCUUCGCAACUUUCAAUGCAAUGUUUGUCUGAGAAAAAUUAAAACACUUUGCCGUCACGCACUCUUUGAAUUUCUAUCAGGACUGAAUUGGAUCCAGCGGAGCACACAAAAGAACGCUGGUGGCGGGGAAAGAAGAGCUGAACUUCGAAGAUCUGCAAGAAGGCAAAAGUAAGUUCCUGGCGGUUUUAUAGAGCGGUUUUCACUUGACUGUCGAAAGGGAUUGGUUUUGGUUUUGGUUUUGGUUUUGGUUUUACUACGCCCUUUGGUUGGCUAGUGUAUUUACUUUGGUUUUGGUUUUACGACAGUCAAGUGAAAACCGCUCUAACCGGCAAGAACAAGUCCUCAACCAAAAAUCGCCAAAAGUUAUAGAUCGCUUCGUCUUCUAUUAUCUUGCCGUUGAUAACGCGGAUCAAACAGCAGAUAACAAGCACACAGGCAGCAUGAUUUUUCCUUUCUUUCUUCUGGCGAGUAAAACCGACAAGCCGUUGGGAGAUGAUACUUUUCAGAACCAGUCAGUAAAACUCAUCUGCUGACAGGCCUUUUCCUUCAUACGGUUCUUUAACUACUUUUUUCUAUUCUCCUUUUAAGCUGAAAUGGAUGCCUUCUAACGAUGAAUUCCCGUAGAGAAAUCUUAUCGCGCUUCACUAACGGCAUAUGUUAGUUACUCAAAUGGCGUGAUGUUAAUUUCAGCCAUUCGGAAAAAGGUAUGAAGUCGAAGAUUGACAUUUAAUUAAUUCUUAUCAAUCGCUAUUUUCACGCUAAGAAUCUGGGCGUGAAAAGUGAAAAAAACAAUGGCGUCCUUGCAGGCGUUCCUUUCCUUUCUCCCUCGCGCGCCCCACGCGCUCUCGCGCACCCAAAUUCCUCCUUCCCCUUCCCCUUCUAACUCCUGUGACGCAGGCUAUUUGGGUAACUGCAUGUUUGUUUCAUUUAGCCCUUAUAAAGUUUUAGAAAGAUAACAAAGAUAAUUUUAAUUGUUUUGAAAUGCUGUAUUUUACUCGAUUAAACGCCAGGCCCCUAAUAAAGCGUCGGGAUUUUCUUACUAGGAAGUUGAAAAUAAAACCCUGAGACAUACAUGUGCAUCAUAGCCUUAAGGGAAAAUGUUCGACUGCUAAGAGGAAAAAGGGGAUAUCAAUCACCGCAGGGAGGGGGGAGGGGGGGAGUUAAUUGAAGAAAUUCAAUAACUGUCAGAGUUAUAUUAUUUCUGACGAAUGAGCCCGCGAAGAACGCAGAAAUAAAUAUUUUGACGGCACGAGAUACAACAGGGCCUGGGUAGUAGGCCGGGUGCACCAUGGGUAACCAUAUCGGAGGUAUAUAAGGCUGCAUAUAUCACGUGUACGUCAUCUAGCCUUACGAACUUACCUCUCUUUGGUUUUUCUUAAAUUUUUGUUUUAUUUAAUUUUAAGGAGCAACCUAAAUAUUCUCGAUUACAUUGUAAAGUCCCGUAAGAAGGGCUUUGAGCUUGAACCUUGGUUCCAAACCAGAUUUCCUGCCCGCAUUUUUUCCCUUCGGGUUUUUUUGGGCAGGUUUUUUCUGGCCUCCGUCUGACCGCAUUUACUUCAGUUUGUGAGCGCUAGCUCAGCUCUGCUAGUUUUCAGCCUUUUUUUCCGUUUCUUAUUUUAUGUACUUGUACAGUUAUCUCAGUUUUACACCUGCUCCUUUACUUGAUAUAUUUAGUUUCUAUGUAUGCUUAGGUCAGCUGUCUCGGAACCGCUCUUUAGGAGGCGAUAUAAGUCUCUUUUGACGCAGUUAGCUGCAGGCAAUGUUACAGACCUCUAGCCAGGGUCGUUAUCCAUUUUUUUUUACCCUCAAUGUCCUGCCCCAGCCUUUUAUGGCAGCCUUACUGGUUAUUGGGCUACGUGCCUUCUUGGGCAGAUUAGUGAAGAUAAUCCCAGUUUUCCUGGCCCUCAGCCUCUGUGCUCCUGUAGUGUUUCCGGUCCCAGUUAUCCGUUGAUCAGAUUUUUAUUUAAUUUUCCCAACCUAACUGGCACUAAGCCUGCCUGCUUAUUUGGGGGAUUCAGGUCGCGAUCGACCAGUUGUAGCAGUUUUAUCUUUUUGCUAAGCCUCUGUGCUCCUACCGUGUUUCCUGUGCCAGUUAUCCGUUGUCAGAGUUUUAUUAAUUAGUUUCCCCAGCCUAACUGGCAGCCUAACUGCCGUGGCACUAAGCCUGCGUGCUUAUUUAGGGGAUUCAGGUCGAGAUCGACCAGUUGUAGCAGUUCCUUCUUUUUGCUUAGCCUUUGUGCUCCUACCGUGUUCCCUGUACCAGUUAUCCGUUGUCAGAGUUUUAUUAAUUAGUUUCUCCAGCCUAACUGGCACUAAGCCUGCGUGCUUAACUGGGGGAUUCAGGUCAAGAGCGACCAUUUGUAGCGCGAGUUUUUUCUUUUUUGUUAAAGCUAGUUAACGAGUGUCGUACGUUAGGUAUUCACCGGUAAUCACCUAUUAUUGUAUUUACAUAAGUACUUUGUAGGGUUGGUUCUCGCCAAGCCGUCCCAAAAUAGACUUAUUUGCCAUUACGCUUUGUCUGUUGAUGUUGUGCAGUGGAGUCAAAAUGUAUUGUUAUAAUUGGUUGUGUUUUAUGAUGACCCAUUAAACAACAACAACAAAAAAAACAAAAAAAACAAAAACCAAAAAACAGUUAAAAUUGUUUUUUCACAGUGAAGGGUAAGGAUACCGACAGUUUUACGUGGCCGCCAGCAUAAUUAUACCGAGACUGUGCCUAUAGGCAAAGCAAACAGUCAUUUUUUCUACUUAUUCAUGCGAACGAUUAAACUUUCCCGCCCUUGCCAAAAUUAGGUCAUAUUCGGUGACCUUCGUACGUGAAAGGUUAAAGGUUCUUAGAUGGUUCUUUACUUGGACAACGCACUUAUUUGGUGGAAAAAAAAAAUUCUUUACCGCGUGAGGAACCACAAGUAAUAUUUGCUAUCCCGGCAAAGGAACACUUCGCAGGUACAUGUGCCAUUUUGGUUGCUUGCCAGUACCGUAAACUGCGACUUAGGUGGUCAGUGGGCUAUAGACCGCUUUGAAGAAUGACUGAAAGUUCCUCAGUAAUUGAGAACGGUCUAAAUCUGUUAUUGAAUCAUUUAUGGAGAUAGGGCGGGGAGGGGGAUUCAGUUCUCGUGGAAGACGGAAUAUACCGUAGUCAUUUCUAAGUUUGUAAUCUAAGCGGGGCAGAGCGUUAGCUGUGACGUGCUAAGUAUCGCAACUUUCAUCCCUCGGUUUCAGACGAAACUGUCGAAACUGGAUGACCGCUGACCUCCUGGAUGACCAGGAGGUCUUCAAUUUAAUUCAGAAAAUACCGAGUAAUAAAGCCAGUGGUCUUGAUAACAUCUCAGCACGUCUCCUGAAAGAAGCGUCUCCCAUAGUUACUCGCAGUCUAACUUUUAUAAUAAAUCAGUCAAUUACCACUGGAAUAUUUCCAAAUGCUUGGAAACGAGCUAGAGUUUCGCCAAUAUUUAAAGAAGACCUCCGGACUGAUCCUAACAACUACAGACCUAUCUCAGUUCUGCCUGUAGUAAGUAAAUUAAUUGAAAGAGUUGUUUUUAAUCAAUUAUAUGAAUAUUUAAAUAAUAAUAGCUUGUUAACUGAAUCACAAUCUGGCUUCAGACCUAUGUUUUCCACUGAAACAGCUUUACUUGAGGCUACGAAUGAAUGGCUAUGGAAUAUUGACAACAGUCUCUUAAAUGGUGUGAUAUUCCUGGACUUGAAAAAAGCUUUUGAUACCAUGGAUCAUGCUAUCCUUCUGGGAAAGCUAAACUCUAUCGGGUCAGUUCUCAAUCUCUUAACUGGUUCCAGUCCUAUCUAUCUGACCGAAAGCAACAAACGUUCAUUGAUGGAGUUCAAUCUGAUUUCUGUAAUAUAACAUGUGGUAUUCCACAGGGGUCUAUUUUAGGCCCUCUCUUAUUCACUAUUUAUAUUAAUGAUCUCCCUUCAUGUAAUUUGUUUCCAAAACCCAGAAUGUAUGCAGAUGAUACUACCCUUACCACAACUGCAGAAGACCCAUGUGUCCUUGAACAUAAAAUGAAUUAUGAUAUGAAUUUAAUCCAGUCAUGGCUGUCAGCAAACAAAUUAACUUUAAAUGUUAAGAAGACUAAACACAUGCUUAUAGGGAGCCAGUUUAAGUUAUCCCAAAUAAAUAGUGACUUCACAGUCAAAGUCAAUAAUACAUCCUUAGAAAGAGUAAUUAAACAUAAAUCCCUUGGAGUUCAAAUUGAUGAAUCUUUGAACUGGCGCCCACACAUUCAUACCAUUUCAAAGAAAAUAUCUGCUGGUAUUGCUAUCUUAAGGCGUGUAAGUCAUUUUAUACCACUUGAUACUAGAGUAAAUAUGUACAAUGCACUGGUAAUGCCAUAUUUUAAUUACUGUGGUGCCGUAUGGGGUAAUUUCAAUAAGGGACUAGCAGACAAACUUCAAAAGCUGCAGAAGGGGGCUGCUAGAAUUCUCACCUUUUCUAACUAUGACGUUCGCUCAAGUGUUUUGUUGGAUGAGCUUGGCUGGGAAAGGCUGGAAUAUGUAAGACUUAAACAGUUGGCUGUGACAAUGUAUAAAAUCCAUAAUAAUCUUUCCCCAUCGUAUCUGAGGCGGAUCUUUACCAACACCUCAAAUGUACAUUCACACAAUCUUAGAAAUUCUGAGUUAAAUUAUUAUGUCCCCAGACCCAGAACUGAGUCUGCAAAAGGGAGCCUACACUACAGAGGAUCUGUUCUGUGGAACAAGAUUCCCUCAGAGAUUAGAAAACUGCCUAGUUUAAAUGUUUUUAAAACUUCAAUUCAUGGGAAAGAUUUUUCUAAUACACCAUGACCCAUUGUAACUCUUAUCAUUAAUAAUGUAAGUUUUUGUAUUUUUAACAUUAUAGUCAAUAGUUCCUUAGAGUAUUUUAGUCUAGUUUUAAACACGAUUCCUAGGAAGACCAUGUGAAAUGAUACGAUUUCGUGUAUAAAUAAAGAUUGAUGAUGAUGAUCAUGAUGAUGAUGACCGCUAAAUGUCUGAGAACGAUUCAGAAGCUGAAGAAUGGAACUAUACCUAGUUAUUUUCUAUAAUUAUUUAUGUAACAGCUGAGGACAUAUUGGAAUAGCAGCAAAACGUUCGAAAGGGGCUCCUUAAUGCCUUGAUCAGCCAAGGUUUCUGAGACAUUCUGUUCAAUAUCCUGUGAAGUUAAAGAUGAAAUAAUUAUUGUAAUGCGAAUUGAGCUUCGCCUAAUUGAAAUAGUAUAAAACUAUAUAAUAGUCUCCAACAGGUGACAUAUGAAAGGGUUACGAAUUCCGGAUUCCGGAUCCCAGAUUCCCUAGGUUCCACAAACCCUACAAAAUCAUGGCGGACAGUAAACGUUCCACCGUCUUCGGGGUGAAGGGCAAAACUUGCCUUACUUGGCCAUUUAGCCAGCGUUUCCGUUUCGUUUUUUUCGAAGUCCAGAAGGAUUGUCAGAAUAGAAAGCGAGAAAUCGGGUAAAUGCCACUCGAAAAUUGUCCAUUCCUAAAGAUGCAUACUUUCAAUCACUGUUUUCCAUGUGGCUAUGGUUUUAACCCAACGAAGAACGGGGAGAAUCGACCGAAACUGAAUGGCCGCUAAAACUUUUAACACGAUUCAGUAGAUGAAGGAUUGAACUACACAAUGAUAUGAGGGAGAGCCAGUAAGCGUAAGCCACUUAAUCCACUGAAUUUGGCUAAAAUCCCCGGGGGGUACUCCUGGGAAUUCGUUGUGGAGGUGUGCCGCGCGGUUCUCCAAAUCCUGACCCGAUUUCAGACCAAACAAAUGUCAUUUUCCACACCCGUUUUCAGACCACACCUCUAAAAUCCAUACCCGUUUUCAGGCCUAGCCUUUAGGCAGAAAUGAUGUUAUCAUUACUUAGAUUAGAGCGCAAACAAAAAAAAUUCUUCAAAUCCAUUUCGAAUUCGCAUAUUUUUCUUUUCUUCCUUACUCAUUUGGAAUUAAAACGAUAAAGACGUUCAUAGAAUCCCGUAUUUCCCUCAAAAACCAUACCCGAUUCCAGACCAAAAUGGGCAAAGUGUAUACUCGUUUUCAGAUCAAAACCACGCAAAGACCCUACCCGAUGGGGCGGCACAUACCUAUAUAGCUUAUAUAAGGGAGUACCCCCCCUCCCCCCGGCUAAAAUCGCAUGUUUCGCUAAAUGGGUCAAAGGGGCUAAGUGUAUUCUCGAGCCUCAGGAAUCUUUUUUAGGCCAUAGCAUGAAUAUAUUUUUAGGAUUAAUUGGCGUGUUUGAAUUUUUUCAUUUCAUUUUCCUUUACGCGAAUAUUUUUUUUUGUACUUCUCAAGAUUCCUUAGCGUGGGUUAAAGAAAUAGAAUACGUACGUAUACAGGGUGUCCCAAAGUUCGCUCCUCUAAUUUCACGCACUAUAACAUUUGAUCAAAACUUUAUUUUUAGAUAACAUUUCUAGAAGAUGUUUAUCUCUCUAUCGAGUACAUGUAUUCAGAAUUUCAGUAACUGGCAUGCCCUUUUUUUUUUAUUUUUUUUUAUCACAUUCUGUGGCCGUUGCGGCAUGAAGUGGGUUUGCGUGUAGACCCACACUGAUGAUCCAUUUUGAGCUUUUUUAUCACCUGCUGCGCAGCAGCCAGUUCAGCCCUCAAACAAUAUUUGUUUAGUUUAGGCAGCUGAAAAAAAAUAUUUUGGGCAUUCAUCCAAAAAAGAUAAUCAUCCCAGCCCCCUUCCACAGCAAGGCUUUUGUACUUCUUUAUAAAUUUGAGACGAGCUGGGCGUUACUAAGCAGAUUAAGCAGAGGUUUUUUUUGCCUUCUCAGGGGCCUCUAAUUUUAGUAAUUUUAAACAUUUUAAACAGCUUUUCAUGAUCCUUUCUAGACUUUGCUUGCUAACUAUAUGAGAGCUUCCUCGUCGAGUCUCCUAUUUUGUAUCUGACCUUCUUUAAAACUAUUUUAGCUGCUUUAUUCAGGACUUUUGGUCUUCUCCUUCGUUUGUUGCCUUCAAAAGCUUCAUAUUUCUCCAUGAUCAUUUAAUCACCCAACAUUCGGAUUUUUCCAGUUUUUUUAAGCAGUUUCUUCAACAGAUAAGCCAAUAAAUCGAAGUAUACAUGCCUAUGCUCUCACGUAGCGGAACGUUUUUGCGUUAAGGGGGUUUAUCUUUCGUGAUAUUCACAAAAAACAAGGAAGGAGUUCGAGCAAUUCGGGCUAUAAAAUACAAAAAAAUGUGGUUGGAAAAUACACUCGCGUACGCGUACCUUUGGCGCGGAAGUACACAAAUCGAAUAUAUUUGAGUGAAAAGAUAACACAACAAGGAUGAAAAUAGUGAAUUAGUUUGAAAGGCACAACUUUUGUUUAAAUGAUUUGCUUACCAAGUCCAAUCGAACUGAAAUACAGACUUAUAACGUAGAGGAACGAACUUUUGGGACACCCUGUAGAAUAGAAUGCCCUAAGUUCGAAAAUACCCACGGUUUCUUUGGCCACUUUUCGGCUGUUGACGUGUACUGCAAAUGUCCAGUCAUUAAAGAUUUUCAGUUCUUUCAAUACUCUGUUGCCUUCACAUAUUUCUUGUGACUGGACUUUUACCCCAAAUUGUCUCUUGAACUUGACAAAAGCCAACCAAACUCUUUUGUGAAAGUGGGAAAGUCUUCCCACUUUACUGUGUCUAUUUCCAAAUUUGAUUUUUUCGAAAGUGGACACUGCCACGUUCGGCAACCGUUUACCCUUCCCUGGACUCUGUUCGCCUCUGGAAAAACCUCUCUUAAAAUCCUUCCCAGUUCGAUGACUUGUAAUUGAAAAUUUUUCUUUUCGGGGCAGUCCUAUAAAUAAUCUUCCAGUGUUCCUUGCAAUGAUGUAAAGUUUUGGUCGUCUAUCUGAUAAUUCAGUGAAAACCUACAAGUAAAACGGUAAAAAUACGUUUAGCCUGACCGUUCGAUCAGGAACUCAAAUACGAUAUUUCUUUCCUCUCGCUGUAAUCUCUUACCAUUUAGAUACGAAGACGUGUUUCUCCCUGUUCGUUAGUUUCAUUUUUUUCGGCUCGGGCUGGUUUUCGCGCAACGGAGCAUGUCUUUUUAACUUACAACUCUCCAUAUUUAAAUCUCCCUCCAACAGCUGAUGUUUUGAACAUCGAAUAAGUAAUGGUCUGCUGCUCUUCCUUUUCCGGUCUCAUUCACUUCCGUCACCAGUUGCUGCGGGCCACAUCGGACAGGUCACGUAGUACGAGUUUCAUCCCUUGUCUCUUACUUUCUCUUGGCACUUCGUGCCUCGCUCGGAAAGCUUCGCUUUCCGAAGACGCUCAGCCGAAGGUCAACGAAAAAGCCCACGAGCGCUUCAUUCAGCGUUUGUUAUGUUUCAAAAUAAUGGCGGUCGGAAAGAAGAGUUGAGCGAAAGGCCGAGAAAGUAUACCUGCCAACUCUCACGCCUUAGGCGUGAGUCUCACGCCUGCGGGUUGAAAACUUCGAUCUCACGCCGGCUCACGCCUGCGGGCCAAUUUCUCACGCCUGAUUGAAAAAUGUGAGUUGUUGCCGUCCUGCUUGACACAAUUUCCAAAAAUAUGUUAACUCAGACCCAUGUAAGGAACGAAAACCAUGUGUAAAAUGAAUAAAUAGCAAUACCUUCCUCGCGAUCUCUGAUUUUUGAAGUGAAAAGCACUGGGAGCGAGCUCGCCUUUGGCAGACUUCGGCAGACUUCGGACGUCUUCGGAAGACUUCGGAAUUCUUCGGGAAUCUUCGGAAAUGAUCGUGUUGUCUUCAAAAAUCCCAGCACUCCCAGGAUAAAAACCUCACGCUUAUAUCUCAGAAAAAGUUGGCAGGUAUAAGAAAGGGAAGAUCGAAGGGAAUUGCUUAACGGUUAAACGACCGAGAAUGAUCACACAUGGGGCUAACUAACACACGGAGAAUUAACAGAUUACAGCAAUCAAAGAGGUAAGAGAUUUUUUGUUAUCUAAUUCAAAAUGAACUCCUCUGCUCCCUGUGGGCAAGCUCGUGAAAAGAAGACGCGCGAGAGACACGCGAGAGGGGACGCGAACUCAGGAGGCCCCUCGCGGCUUCGCCGCCUGCUCGCAUUUUCUUGCGCGGCUCACUUCGCUUUCCCAAACAGGAGAAGGCUAAUCAGACGAUACGAAUAAUUGAUUGACUUGAUUCAACAAACCGUCCUGAUAACUGGAACUCGUACGUGUGUCGAUAACUGAUACCAUAACUUAAAAACACACGCUAUUGCUGAAACGGAAAUCCGCAUUCAAAUCAGUCAUUAGCAGGGUAUUAAAUAGCAGAAUAGUUCACAUACGGUACUAUAAUUAUUUUGUGCACAAGAUGUCUUCUAAAAGUGGAGCCGUCUGCCUAAACUCUGGUACAGUUUUGUCAGUUUUCUGUUUGCUUCUUUAUUCUGCUGGAUUCAUUAGAAUCGAGUUGAAGUUUAAUGAUCACGAAGCAAGGUUGAUGGCUGUCGAGGAUGUCAUUUCUCAAAUGCAUUCCAGAAAACAAAGAUUCAUGAUGGACGAUACCUCAAUUCAAGGUACAGUUGAACCUGUAUCGUUGCCGGUACACUACAACACUCCAAGUAAGAUCUCCUUUCUAUUAAAAACAGCAAGAGAGUAUCUUGCGAAAAUUAAUUAUCAUUUCAAUGCAAAAAUUGGCACAACCUUUAUCUCAAUACGGACAUCUCUAUGAUGCGAGGUAGUGGCUCCGUGAUUUACGACAUCCUUAAAAACCUACGGUUAAAAGGAAGUCUGUACUCACAAUACAGAUCAUCCUCAUAAUAUACAGUAUUCGUUAUGCAGAUCUUUGUUGUAUUCACGCCAUUCGUAAGUUUCUUUGUGCCAUCAAGCAGUUAUACAAAAAUGUCAUUUCUUUGGUAGACUGCUGAAUAAGUGGAAAGUGAUAGAGAUCAACAAAUGAUGAUGCGGAUAUUAUACUGACAGGAAAUCUCAUCUUACGAUGAAUUCGGUUGUAAUAAACCGAGUACCGAGGCGGUCUCCUUGAAAAUAGUUUCCCGUUAGCCUUGGGUAAGAUCUAGAGAUGUACUCUGGAUCGACUCAAAACGUUUGGGACGAUUGGCACGAUCCAUGAAAACCAGACUUCAAAUCAUCUCGAACACUUGAGUACGUUUUAAGAUGACGCGGCCGGUGACGGGCUGGCGCCGGAGACGACGCGAUUCAGUACCAAGUUUCACCGGACAAGUUGAAGCCAAACUUUAUCCAAAGCUUUCUUGUCUAAGAACAUGUCAUGCAGUAAUGUGAAAUAGAAUUUUGUUGAUCAUGCUACAAGAUCCCGUUAUGGUAUAUACAAAAUGCCCGGGGGGGAGGGUGGAUGUGGGGCACUCCCUUAUAUGGCCUAUAUGGGUGUGUGCCGCUGAACAGGGUAACAUGGUUUUCAAGGUUUUGAGUCUUUUAAUGAUGCACCAUGAUGCCCCAUGUUUAAAAACAGGGUGUCUUUUUGGACUGGAAGCCUUUCAAAGAGUGUGAAGACUUGCGAUGAGUGGUCUAUAUUUGCAAUACCAAUAAUUUUUUUUCCUUAAUAUCUAUUUACACGAUUUUAGUGUGAAAAAUUACUUAAUUCUGUAUGCAAAACAAAACAAAUCAGGUUAAAAAAGUAGUGUCUCCUGUCUUAAACAGGGUGAGCAAUGAGCAAUUUUUGUCUUAAACAGAGUCGGGGUUUGAAGGCCUCAGCGACACACCUCUACCCAAACUUCCCUUGAGUGCCCUCUCCCCCCGGAAAAAUGAUACUAGAAGACAAAUACAAUCAUGGAUAUAAAUUGUAAGCCUACCUGAUUAACGCUGAUCAGCAGCCUCUCAGGAACCGGGCUUGAAAUUGCUGUGAAUCGGGACUAGUUCCUUACAAUAGUGCUUUCACUUCCUUAACUUUUCGAGACAUUUUCUAAAUUUUGUUGCUGUGAAACUUCUAUGACUUCAUGUAUUGUUUAUGGUAGUUUUGUCUUAAACCAUUACCGGCUUUAAAAAGUUUGCCAAUAGCCCUAGCUCAAAACACUAUUCAAAGAAUAGAAAUAGCCUGGUACAUUUUUGGACUUUAGCUGGUGACAUUUUGGCUGUUUUAAUUAAAUUAAAAGUGGAAUUUGAUACUCCUUGGGGAAACCGUCAACGUACUCUAUGCAAUGUUUCAAAAAUUCUGAAAAAAAAAAAAUAUUACAGGGUCAAGGAAACAUUCGUACUAAUACUUUCUUAUGUACCUACACGUUUAGGAAAUGUGACCAUGAAAGAUUUUAAGAAGAAGGAAGAUAAUAGUAAAAUGGUCCUCCACAGAUUUACCAGACAGGUCACCAGUAAUAAACCUUUUGAAAAUUCUACGAAAAUAAGACUUAUUCUGGAAGAUGUUGUAACUUCGAGCUUUAAGAAGAUAUGUCAAAACACUGGAACCUGGAACGUUUGCCCGCGUGGACUGCCGGGACCUCCUGGGAGUAAUGGACCAAAAGGUGAUAAAGGUGACCGAGGGAGGAGGGGUAAAAAAGGAAUGAUGGGACAGCCCGGCAGAAGUGGAAAACAAGGAAUUAUGGGGCCACCAGGAAUAAGAGGAGAAAAAGGACUGAAAGGUGAUAUAGGUGUACCGGGUAUUCCGGGAAUGAAAGGCGAACCGGGGGAAUCCAUUUCCUCUCCAAAAGUGACAGUUUCGUCUUCUCACCUGACAGUGAACGAGAGUAACACUGCGGUUUUACUGUGUUCUGUUUCGGGAAAUCCCGUCCCGCAAGUGGCUUGGUCACGUGUACGCGGCGUGUUACCUAGCAACCGAACAAAGGUCUCAUCAGAAGGUCUGCUGCAGAUUAAUGAAGUGCGACUUGAGGACGCUGGGAAUUACAAGUGUGUGGCACGAAACGUCUUAGGGAGAGAAGAAAAACUAGCGAGUCUGGCCGUACAAAGUAAGCUGAAAUUGAUUAUUCAGAAAUAGUGAUCAGCGUACAUGAACGUUCAUUUCUAGGACCCUUUCACAGAAAUGGCUUUUUACGUUUGAGUUUUGAUGUUUUAUGCGCCCCGUAAAAAAAGUUAUUCCUGAUGCUUAAAAAAAAACAUGGAGCUGACGUGAUAAUUGUUGGCUCCUCAUGCAGACUGUACUGUCCUCUGUACCAAGACUGGAGAAUCGGCAUAAUGGCUUGUGUGUAAACGUAAAGCCACCCCUCCGUAUUCUUUCCCUUUAUUUUUAUUACUACUAUGUAUACUUCCCAAAUUUAGUAAUAAAAGAAACGCUUUUGACCGAAAAUUUAAAACAAACAAACAACAACAACAACUUUCUAAAGUCUUUGUAUGAGGCUGGUGUGUCAUUGAUUUUAGCUGUUUUAUUAUCGACAGGUCAACCGAAGACUUCCUUAUCGUUUGGCCCGUCUUAUGUCGUUAAAGGUAAGAACAUCACCUUACCAGCAUGUCACGUAACUGGCUACCCGUCACCAAAGAUCUCUUGGCAUAAAGUUCCCGAAAACCUGGUGCAAGCCAGAACUGUUAUGAAAGAUGGACGAUUGUCAAUAAUGAAUGCUUACAAAAGUGAUUCUGGUCUAUACAAAUGCGAAGCUUCAAAUAACUUAGGACAUGACUCGGCUGUUACGCAGCUAAACGUUGUUGAGUUACCCCAUUUUACAGUUAGUCCACCAUCACAGCUUAACGUGAGCACAGUUCAGAAUAUCACAGUCCCCUGUCAGGCCGCUGGAGAUCCACAACCAACUAUCAUGUGGAGGAAGGAGGGCGGCAAGCUUCCUGCAGGAAGAUCAAGUGCCAGUGCCGACGGAACUUUGAAAAUCUGGAACCUUAGAGAGCGGGAGGACUCGGGAAGAUAUACUUGUGUUGCGUCAUCAAAUCAGUUUUUUAUGGCAUUUUCUGUAAUGGAUGUAAUCGUUCAGCACAAAGGUGAGUUCAAGCUUGAAAUUCAGCUCAGACAUUGUUAAGUCUGGCCUUGGACCAUCUGCUGACACCCGACUCCUGUUUUUGUUUUGUUUUUUUUUUUGGCUACCCUUGCUUGAACAAAGGCGAUGCCCGUGUUCAAGCGAAAACCUAGCAGGCACCUUUUAGCAAAAUCACACAGAAAAUAACAAGGAUCUCCCUAGCCGAAGCACAAUCUCUAAGCUUCUAACAUAACAACAUCUGCUAGCCCAGGGAAUGGGAAUUGCAUUCCCGGGCAAUCAAAUUACCCACCGGACCCAGAUAAGCACUUAAUAUCUGACUAAAUUUGAUACAAAGGGCAUGCACUCAGUCUCUAGACAGCUAUAAUCGGCGACAGAAUGAUUUGAGACACUUCGCCCUAAACUGGGCUUUUUUACGUUUUACUGACUUCAAAAGGAGAAAAUAUAGCUUUUCCUCUCCCAUCCCGCCCCCCGCCCCCACGCAAUGUUAUACCGAUGUUCGAGCUAUCUACAGAAAACAACAAACACCCAAACUUUGAAUGGAGGGGGUAGGGAGGGGUGCGGAUUGUUUUGUUCUCUGACGUUACCCUAUUUGAAUACAAUGACUCAGCAAUUUUGUCAGCGAUUGUAGGUCCAAGAAGCAAGAACUCCCCCUCCCCUUCCAUGACACUUAUGACUAGUCAAUUAAUCCCCCCCAAGCUCUGAAAGUAGCAUUAUGAUUAUAAGUCAGAGCAUUGAUUUGGCUGGGCUAGCACACAGGGAACGUUCCUUGACUUUGCAGUGCUUUUUGACUUGAAACUCUGUUCAAAGUGAAAAAAUCUACCCUCCCUACCUCUUUUACUUUCGACACAAAAAGCGUGCAGCCAGCCACCCACAGUUAGGUCUGGCCCAGCAUUUUUUCCCACAGGGGCACAAAUUACUGCGGUUGAAGCGGGAUUGAAAGGCCCUGCUUGCUCUAAAAUCUUCCAAGUUAUAUAAAAUUACAUCUUAGCGUCUUUAAAAUGCCAGAUAUCAUGUCUGCUAAGUUCUGUACUGAGUCUCUUGUUUGGGUCUCUGAAAGAUGACUUAUGGUUCGCGUAUCUGGUCUUAAAAGAGUUUUCAUUAAGGCCUACAUAGGUCUCGGUUGGUCUGUUGUCCUCCACUGUCACUGUGGCUUGGUACACCACGGACGAUUUUAAGAAAUUACCGUCCAUCGGGCAAUGAGCUGGUCGACGGCAGUUGCAUGCUUUCGAUGGUACGGCGUUUGUUUUCCGUAGGGUGGAUUCCGCCAUUGUGACCAUUAAUUAUUUGCUUUAGAUUUGCAUGCAACUAUAACUGGUCUUAACCGUGUUCCUAAUGAAAAUUUUGUGUAGCGCGUAAUAAUAACAUUUUAUCAUUUGUAGACCCGAUCUGGUGAGCCUGAACUAUCGAAAUGAGCUUGUAACUUCUUACAGGCACGCGCGAAAAUUCCUCCUUAGUAGCUGUACAUCUUCUGUUGUCACUUAAUAGUUUCUGAUUCAAAUUCUGCGCGCGCGUGUGCAGUAUAUGCGUAUGUUAUGACGAACAUUUCAUUUGGCAAUUUUAUCUGAAUGCCGCACAUAUUGUGCGGUAAGAAACUAAUAAGUAAUAAAAUGCCAAGUCGGAUCUUACGUUGAUAUCAGAUCGACUAGAAUUCAACGCUCUUGUCCUUCCAUUGAGCACUCUGCCGAUAGGCGUGCGUGCAUAUGGUCUAUGUGAAAUAAGUGAAUUUGUGACUAACCAGGUGGGGUCUGGGCGCUAAUUUAAUGCGUGUCAACACUCGAUGCGCUCAACUUGAUUUUGUUUUAUGGUUUGGAGAGCGGUGGCAUGACGUUGCUCGGAGAGUUCCCAUUUGUAAAUAAAUCUUGCUCAAUGCAAACGUAUUGAACUGGAAGCAUUCAUUAAGGUCAAAAACGAUGUAGCGACUUUCUCAAGAAAGUAAUAUUCUUUAUAAAAUGAUUAAUCUGCUCAGUGUUGCACAUUGGUUUACCCGCACCAAAUCAACUUUUUUUAAAACUUUUUUUAGAGUAGUUUGAAACCAUUUAAACGAUUGAAAAACUAUUUUUACAACAAUUUGAGGUAUUUCUAUUAUAUUUUAGGAAUAAAACCAAAAUAGCGUUAGGAGGUUGAGAUGAAUUUGAUAUAAAAUUUUAGCAGGUUUUUCUUUGUUUUUUGAAACAUAUUUGCUUUCAAGACUACAUUUAACUGCAGUACUUUAACUAUAUUUCCAGAAAAAGAGUGCUAAGGAGUAUAUCAAGACUAUAAUCCAGAAAAUGAAAUAGUACGCCUGUUUGGGCAGCGACAGAUGAUUAUUGGUCAUUCUUGUGAUGCAGUCCCGACGGACUCCUAGUACUUUGUAUUCAUUGGCCGAAUUUAUACUGGAGACGAGUUAUCCGUCUAGACAGAUAAUUUGGUUAAGUAUAAAUUCGGCCAUUUACACUCCUUUUUAUAUAAGAAUGUUGUUCUUGUGGGACGUAAAAGAACCCACACCACUGUUCGAAAACAGUAGGGGACGUAUACCCGGGUGGUGUGGUCAACCUUCACACGUCAAAUCAUUCACAUCAUGGGGUGGGUGGGUACAAUAAGCUCAUAAAUGGACUGAGAGCGGCUGCUAGUGACGCCUUUGUAUGCUGACGUCCAAGCUAACUGUUCACAAGUUAAAAAUGUACUGUAAAGAAAAAUUGUAAAAUGUUCUGCAAUUGGUAUAGGAUUUAAUGGAGCCGAAACCAAUAGUGAAAUUGCACGCAUUUUAGGCAUCCUACUGAUGAACAGUUGGGACACGUAGAUGUAUUUUUUUAGCAACUACUAUAAUUUGCAGUCUGUCUACGUUGAAUUGUAAAGAGGGCACGUCUGUUGUCCUCUCAUCCACGACUCUUCAUUCAUUCAUGCAUUCAUUUUCCGGCCCUGGCUGAAUAUUCAUUAUUUUCUGCAGAUUUUAGGCUGAAAAUAUUCUUGCAACAUUCUUAAAUUAUAUCCGUCGACUUUCCCCUUUUAGAUUAUUUUGGGGGUAUAAAUUGCAGUUAAAGAAUUUUUUUUCCUUUGGAGUCUAGUGUUGCCAUAAAGAACAACAACAAAAAAAAAAAAAAAAAAAAAAAAAAAAAUAAUGUUACGAAUAAGUCAAAAACAUAUAGUUGCAUUGUAUUUCCACUGCAGAUUUUCAUUGCACAAAAUAAUAUCCCUUUCAAAAUCUCAGCCUUGGGUUUAUUCUUAUCAUAUUCUUUAAAUUUAGCAUUGAUAUUCUUAUAAAAUAUAUUCUUAUCCAAAAAAGUGUGAUGGACUCCUAUAACUAAUAAAUCAUUGGGACAACCAGCAUGUCUAAAUCUAAGUCUAAACAUUGAUUUGUGGGCAACAUCCAGGGGACAUCACGCCAACUCUAAAACACUAAAUUUUUUAUAAAAAAUACAAGAUAAUAAUAAAAGCUAAAACUAGAAAUAAAACUAAUGUAAACCGCUAAUAAAAAAAAUAACCUGAAAGAGUUUACUUUUAAAAAUAGAGAGAGAUUGACUGGUAACCGUUUCUUUCGGGAGUUCGUUCUGUUCACUUAUUGUCCUGGCCCCACUUGUCCAAAAGUUGAUCAGCGCUAUCAACCGGAUAAAUAGCUAUCCAGUGGAUAAUUAUUAUGAAAACCAAUUGUGUUAUCCACUGGAUAGUGAUUUAUCCGGUGGAUAGCGCUAUCCAGAGUUCGAACAACCAGCUCAGGGCCUGGGAGAGAAAGAUAAUCUAAAAGUAUCCUUGUGUCCUUUCGGUACAAUAAACUUAAAAUCAUGGCUUCCUGGUGUUCUCCUUUCUCUGUUUGGAAUCAAAUAGUGUUCCCAUUGCCUAUCUAGGAAACCAUAGCACAUCUUAUACAUAACGGACAGCCUUGCAUAUCUUCUCAUUGUUUUAAGUGUCUCCCACUUAAAUCUUGCAGCAUUCCCGUCACGCUCGCUGUUCGAUCGUAAUAUAAUUUCCCGUGACAAAGCGAGCUGCUCUUCAUUGUCCCCUUUCUACAGCGGCUUUUCUCCUAGUAGUGCGGGUCCCUUGCACAACAGGCCGGCAUAUAGUCUAGUCAUUCUACGAGAAAAAAAGACCGAACCUUGAAGUAAUUGCAACAGAAUUUUUUUUUGCCGGAAGUUAUUCUACUGAUGCCUAUAAAUAACAUGUCAAAAGUCUACCAAACGUUUCGAAGGAUAAAAUGAUGAAAUUACAGUUUUAUGAUUGAAUUCUUUUUCUAAAUUCAAAAUGGCUGCCGCGCAAUUUAUUCAAAAUAUAUGCGUAAAUUUUUACAGCAAACAGCUAAAAACAAUAGGUGUAAUUGGAAAACAAAAUGCGUGCACGUGUUUAAAUGUAAAGAUUUGAACAACUUUUUGAUCACAUCGAAGAAAUUUUAUUUCGAGAACUGGAAAACAACAGUUUUCCUUGAAUUAGUUCUCUAUCAAUAAGUAUAUAUGUGUAUCAGUGACUCUAAAGACUCUCGAUUGUUUGGUUUGGAAAUUUCUUGCUCCGUACAACUGCUCUGGACGAUUCUCUGGCCUUCAAACUAACAAAGUUCUUCGCUUCACAAGACAUUUAUUUAGACGAGUAUUGGUAGAAACGCAUUCGUGGACGUCCAGAGUGGUACUUUAGUGAAAAAUGUCGUGUGAAGGUAAAGUAUAGAUCGUUAAAGAUGUGGUUUAUCGUCCGGUUAACAUCACACCAUGGAGUAUUGUGUAAUUUGCAAGGAAUUAUCAACCAAUGGCCUCGAAACAGUGGAACUUAGGCAAAAAGGAAGCGAUGGCAUCAACAAUGCAAGUAAACUACGUGGCGACACACUCCAAACUUUUGCAGGACGGCGUGUACAUAAAAAAUGCAGGCAGAAAUACUGUCAUGUAAAGGUUAUUCGUUCCUACAUAAAGAAACAUACGGCUGAUGAAGAAACAUCCUCUAGUGCAAGUCGUACCCUGCGUUCCAGUGAACCAACAUUUGAUUUUGGUGAACGAUGUUUAUUUUGCAGCCAGCCUGCUAAACUUACGGGAAACAAAAGAGGACAUGAUGUUUUUCCUGUUAGAACAUUAGAUUUUCAAACCACAUUAAACCGAAUUUGUGAGGAGCGAAGAGACGGUUGGGGUGAGAAAGGGCAUGGCAGAAUAUCUUUUUCCCAAGAUCUCAUUGCAGCAGGUGCAAUUUAUCACCAAGUUUGCAGUAUCAAUUUUCGGACGGGGAAGCAAGUACCGCUUUCUCAUCAAACUAACGGAAGCAAACGACAAAAGAAAGGCAGGCCAACUGAUAAGUCUAGGCAAGAGGCAUUCUUGGAGGUUGCAAAAUAUCUUAAGGAAAACGAUGACGAGCAGAUAACUGUGAACGAUCUUAUGAAUAAGAUAGCAGAAUUCAACGACCAAGAACCUUACAGCGCACGGUAUAUGAAAGAAAAACUUAAAGAGCAUUUUGGAGAAAACAUCGUUAUUGCUAGUAUCAAUGGUAAGGCUGAUGUCGUAACAUUUAGGAGUACAGCUUCGAGACCAUCUUGCAAAAUUUUUAUGACGCUUCUAGAGAUGCUGACCCUGAAGCAGAUAAAAUCAGAGUGAUUAAGGCAGCUGCUGAUCUCAUAAAAACGGACAUCAAAAGUAAGGACAUCUCUAAAAGUUUUUAUCCAUUACCUGGAGAGAUUUCGUCUUUGGAUGAAAACUGCGCUUUUCUACCUGAAACGUAUUGUAUUUGUUUCUGAGAACAAUAUUUAACGAAAAGAGUGCAGAGCGAAAGAUUGCUUCCAUAGGGCAAGCCAUUAUUCAAGCCGCUCGGCCCAGGGUCCUGAUAGCUCCUCUUCAACUCG